AUGUUGUUUCUGUCGUGGCAGUCGUCACAGGUGUUCAUGGUGACAGUGGACAUGGAGGCGGCGCAGACAGCUCCUCUCCUCUGCCGGCUACUCCUGGGUUCGACUCUCCGCAGUCCAGAAACGUCAGAGCUGCGCCACUUCUGUCGCCUGACUAAGGCAAGGAGACUAAGGCAAGGAGACGAAGGCAAGGAGACGAAGGCAAGGAGACGAAGGCAAGGAGACGAAGGCAAGGAGACGAAGGCAAGGAGACGAAGGCAAGGAGACGAAGGCAAGGAGACGAAGGCAAGGAGACGAAGGCAAGGAGACGAAGGCAAGGAGACGAAGGCAAGGAGACGAAGGCAAGGAGACGAAGGCAAGGAGACGAAGGCAAGGAGACGAAGGCAAGGAGACGAAGGCAAGGAGACGAAGGCAAGGAGACGAAGGCAAGGAGACGAAGGCAAGGAGACGAAGGCAAGGAGACGAAGGCAAGGAGACGAAGGCAAGGAGACGAAGGCAAGGAGACGAAGGCAAGGAGACGAAGGCAAGGAGACGAAGGCAAGGAGACGAAGGCAAGGAGACGAAGGCAAGGAGACGAAGGCAAGGAGACGAAGGCAAGGAGACGAAGGCAAGGAGACGAAGGCAAGGAGACGAAGGCAAGGAGACGAAGGCAAGGAGACGAAGGCAAGGAGACGAAGGCAAGGAGACGAAGGCAAGGAGACGAAGGCAAGGAGACGAAGGCAAGGAGACGAAGGCAAGGAGACGAAGGCAAGGAGACGAAGGCAAGGAGACGAAGGCAAGGAGACGAAGGCAAGGAGACGAAGGCAAGGAGACGAAGGCAAGGAGACGAAGGCAAGGAGACGAAGGCAAGGAGACGAAGGCAAGGAGACGAAGGCAAGGAGACGAAGGCAAGGAGACGAAGGCAAUGAGACGAAGGCAAUGAGACGAAGGCAAUGA